AUGUCUCUGCAGCUGCUAAUGGAGAUAUGGCUUUAUUGAGUUUCCUGUCCGCUAGUAAUUUAGGAUUGCUGCUAAUCUAUUACAAUGGCAGCUAUGGUACUGUCUGUGAUGAUGAAUUCUCAAUGAAUGAAGUUCAAGUGUUGUGUACUGAACAAGGAUUCAGCUCUGAUAAUGGAAUUGCAGUUUCGAGUGAGAAAUUUGUUUUCAUUCAAGAUGAAUUCCAAGUCUAUCUUGAUACCGUCCGUUGCCGUAGCUACAUAGACACAACCAUUGGUCGCUGCCUAAACGACGGGUUUCAUUCAACAAACUGUGACACAAUUGAAUCAGUUGGAAUCAUAUGCCAAGUUCAAGGUAGUUCCUGUAAGAAUGGUGACAUUAGGUUAAUGGGCGGGACAAGAGCAGCUGGUCGCGUGGAGUUGUGUAUUGGAGGACAAUGGGGGACCAUCUGUAAUAAAGGAUGGAAUGAUAAGUCCGCUAAUAGAGUCUGUAACCAGCUGGAGUAUAAGAAAGGAAUACCCUCACUUGCUGGUCAGUUUCCAGCUGGUAUUGGUCCUAUCUGGGGUUCUGAGAUUAACUGUACUACACUAGCGUCACUCCUAGGCAGGAUCUUGACCCACCUGGUCUUCUUGACUGCUUGUGGCCGCUACCAAUAGGAUCAACUCCUAACUGUACCCAUUCUAAUGACGCUGGGGUAAUAUGUACUAACGAUACAUCAGCCCCUCCCAUUGACACCAGGUGCAUUGAUAAGAGUGAGAGGUUGUUCCUCUUCAAUGGUACUAACCCGUCAAGUGGUCGUAUCGGUAUCUGUGGAUCGGACGGGCAGCUGCACAAUAUCUGUGACUUCAUGUUCAGUGAUCAGGCAGCUACUGUGAUCUGUAGGGAAUUGGGACUGAAAACACCAGGAUUCGUCUGUUGGGUAUAGUUACAAAGAAGGAUAUGUUACGUCAUGUUUCAUCAAUGGAGAAGAAUCCUUACUCCAUACAGUAUCAUUAACAUUGUUAUACAUAUACUUUACAUGUAUAUAUAUAUUUAUUAUAAAUAAAAGAAUAGUGUGUAUAUCUUCUCUCAGUGUA